AUGGUUGGCGGCUUGUGUGCUCGCAGGUUGGCCCGCCGGUCGCGGUCCGCCCUGAUAGCAGCCCUCACUGUGCUGCUGGUGCAGACGCUGAUUGUGUGGAACUUCAGCAGCCUCGACUCCGGCGAAGACAGGGAAAACGGAGGCUCCAAUGUGCGGGAGAAGAGGGACCGGGUCGCGGGCAACAAAGCCGCUGGCAGCGACUAUUUCCAGCACGGGGUCCAGCGGCGGCAGCAUCUUCCCCCGCCUGGGAGGGGGGCGUCUCGCCACAUACAGCAGCCGGAUGGUUAUUACUCCCACCGGCCGAAGGAGAAAAACAGAGUGGACAGCAACAACGAGAACUCCGUACCAAAAGACUUUGAUAACAUAGACAAUAGUAACUUUGGUGCUCGCUCGCAGCCACACCGGCAGUCUGUAGGGGCUACUAGCAACAAGCAGCAGCGGGAGCACCUGCAGGAGAAGGCCCACGCCCAGCAGCAAACAUGGCGGGAAAGCUCUCCAAGUCUGGGCCGCAACUCGAACGAAGUGCUGCCUGUAGGGCACCAGCCGCUGGCGGUCGGCAACAACGCCUCAUACUCACAGCACAGACAUCAGCACCCGCACCGGAGGCAGGUGACUGCAGCACCGCUUGAGGUGACCUACGACCAGCCACCCAAGUGCGAGAUCAGUGGGAAGGAAGCCAUUUCAGCUCUGUCCAGAGCCAAGAGUAAGGAGUGCCGGCAACAGAUCGCAGAGGUGUACUGCAGACACAAGGAAGGCGGGUUAAUGCCUGAGAAGGUCACCCGUUACUGCCCCCUUGAGGGUAAAGCCAAUGCUAAUGUCCAGUGGGAUGAGGACUCCACUGAGAGCUUUCCAUCGAAACCAGUGAGAAUAGCGUUUGUCCUGGUGGUCCAUGGAAGAGCCUCUCGCCAGUUUCAGCGCCUCUUCAAAGCCAUCUACCACACUUCCCACUACUACUACAUACAUGUUGAUCAGCGCUCCAACUACCUGCACAGGCAGGUGCAUGCCUUGGCUGCACAGUAUCCCAAUGUGAGGGUGACACCAUGGCGCAUGGCCACCAUCUGGGGUGGUGCCAGUCUGUUGACCAUGUAUCUUCGCAGUAUGGCUGACCUGCUGGCCAUGAGGGACUGGAACUGGGAUUUCUUCAUCAACCUCAGUGCCGCCGAUUACCCCAUCAGGACCAAUAACCAGCUGGUGGCCUUCCUGUCCAAAUACAGAGACAUGAACUUCAUCAAGUCCCAUGGCAGGGACAACGCCAGGUUUAUCAGAAAGCAAGGCCUGGACCGUCUGUUCUUUGAGUGCGACACCCACAUGUGGAGGCUGGGCGAUCGUAAAAUCCCAGAGGGCAUCUCUGUGGACGGCGGGUCCGACUGGUUCCUUCUAAACCGCAUGUUCGUGGAAUAUGUCAUCAACUCCAAGGACAAUUUGGUCACCAACAUGAAACGCUUCUACGCCUACACUCUGCUGCCUGCCGAGUCGUUCUUCCACACAGUGCUGGAGAACAGUGCCCACUGUGAAAGCAUGGUGGAUAACAACCUGCGCAUCACCAACUGGAACCGUAAACUGGGCUGUAAGUGCCAGUACAAGCACAUCGUUGACUGGUGUGGAUGCUCCCCAAAUGAUUUCAAGCCUGCAGAUUUCCACCGUUUCCAGCAAACAGUGCGGCCCACCUUCUUUGCCAGGAAGUUUGAAGCCAGCGUGAACCAGGAAAUAGUGAACCAGCUGGACACCUACCUGUUUGGACCAUUCCCCCAGGGGACGCCGGCCCUAAACUCGUACUGGGAGAACAUGUACGACGAGCCAGAUGGCGUGGCCAGUCUGUCGGACACACAGCUCACGUACUACCACUCCUUCUCGCGGCUGGGCUUGGCCAGGGCUGCCGCCUCGCUGCAGGGAAACCCAAAAGAUCACAGCUGCAGGUAUUUUCCCAUGGGCCACCCGGUGUCAGUGCAUCUGUACUUCCAGGCAGACCAGUUCCAGGGCUACCUGGUCAAGCAUCACGCCACCAAUCUGGCCACAAGCAAGUUGGAGACCAUGGAGACCUGGGUGGUACCCAAGAAGAACUUCAAGCUGACUUCUCCUCCGGCCAACACAUUCAGCAGGUUGCUGUUUGCAGAGAUCGGUACAGAGUGGGAUGCAAAAGAACGCCUGUUCCGAAACUUUGGCGGCUUGAUGGGCCCCAUGGAGGAGACGGUAGGCAUGCAGAAGUGGACUAAGGGGCCUAACGUCACCGUCACGGUCGUGUGGAUUGACCCCACCAACGUCAUCGCAGCCACCUACGACAUUCUAAUAGACGCCAGCGCCGAGUACACCCACUACCGGCCGCCGCUCAACCAACCUCUGCGGCCUGGCGUGUGGAGCGUCCGCAUCCUGCACCACUGGAGCCCCGUGGCUGAGAUGCGCUUCCUUAUCGUCCCCUUGACCUUUCAUAAGCACCAGCCCAUACGACAAGAGGAUACUCUGAGGCUCCACAACGGGCCGCUGAAGAACAGCUACAUGGAGCAGAGUUUCCACGGUCUCAACCCGGUGCUCAACAUCCCCGUCAGCCUGAGCUUCGUGGAGCAGGCUAAGAGGAACGCAGCCCUGACCGGCCCAGAGCUGGAGCAUUGGCUAGACAGCCUGGUGCACGAGCAGUGGGAGGCGGCCGAUGUCUGUGCCGUGGGCCUUACCGCCUGCCCUGUCAUGCAGGCCUGCUCCAAGAACCCAUGGAGCUCCCUGAGCCCAGACCCCAAAUCCCAGCUGAGACCACCGCGUGCAGAUGGGCGCAUCAGGUAGCAGCGAGGCUUCCAGCUGGACAGGAGGCCACGGCACAGAGAGAUUCACUGUUGAUUUUUAUUUAUUUAAGGUUGCAGGUG